UUAUAUCCUAGAUUCGACAAAAAUUAAAAUAAAAACGUUGGAGAUUGCUUUAAGGAUAGCCAUACGGUUUAAAAAAAUUCGCGCGGAAGCGAAUGUCAGCUCGGCUUAGAAGAAGCGAACGCAUGAUUGGUAACCGCGACCCACUUCGGUGAGCGGGAUAGGCUGUCGCGUGGGAGACGAAAGAGAGAGAGAGACAGAUUCCGCGAAAGCGCGCGGCUCUCGUGAAACAUCGACGGGACGAUCGAGGAUCGAGUCAGUCGUCAGUCCGUCAGUCGUGCUUGGUACGUGCGUUCUGUCUUCCCAAGGAAAUACUCUGCAUUCGAGGAACCGGCUCGAGGAAGAGCGACGAAAGCCGCGGUCGCGCGGUUCACGAUCCUCCGGACGACCAAGUCGACGAGAUCCAACCGUCCGACUUGCGUCGCCAGCGAUUCGUCGCGCGCGAAUCGAGAAGAGAUCGAUCAAUUAAGAUAUCUAAGAGAUUUAAAUACAUCUCUUCCUGUAUUCUCUCUUUUAUGAGAGAGAAUUAUCAUGGAUCAAGACGAAGUUGUGAAGAAUUUGCGAUCAUGUUUGAUAUCAAGCAAAGGUGGUAUCAAAUUAGAUAAUUUAAGAGCGGAUUACCGCACGAUCGCAGGAGAACCGCUACCCUUCAAAAAAUUUGGAUAUUCCUCUGUUGAAGAUUUUAUACGUAAUGUACCAGAAGUUACUGUGACAAGAAAAAAUGGAGAAUUGUAUGUGGAAGCUACGCCUUCCAAAUCUACAGCACAUCUUACGAAAUUAAUUUCACGACAAAAGGCGCGACGAAAAAUACGACCUCAACCGAAAAAAUGGACACCACCUCGACACACUACCAAAGGUUUUUUAUCUGGUAGUAAUAAAAAUAAUUUCAAUGGCUUUCAACCUAUUAAGAAUAAUUACGUAAAUUCUCAUGGUUCCUUCACUAAAUCAACACCUGGGAAAAGCAAUUUGUAUACAGAUUUCAGCAGACCUAUUUUACCACUCAUGGAAACUAUUGUACAGUGUCCGUUAUCGAUUAAUAACGAGAAAUCAAGCUUUGUUCCGACCACACCGCCAGUUUCUCCUGUUAAAAGACUGACAGAUAACGCGACAAAUUCGAAUAUAACGAUUUUGAACCAAAGUGUUGCUAAUUGUAAGACUAUCGAAGAUUUAAAGUGCAAAGUUUUAAAUGACAAGACAGCAGCGUCGCCUGUGAUAAAUUUGAAACCAAAGACUGUAGAGCUCAAACCCUCGAAACUGAGUGAGAGACUCAAAGUCUCUCCUCUUAAAAGUACUCCUAUCAUGCCUUCGCCGCUGAUUAAUAGCUAUAAUAACGGUCAUACAUCUUUAUCUAUCCCGUCGAUUUUAAAUCAAUUGCAGACCAUGUCACAGCAGAUUUCCGAUCCUAGGAAGGAUUUACAGAUUUAUGCUGACAAAUUGAAUCUACCAUCACCGGUAUAUAAGAUGCAUUCGAAAAAAGAAAGAAAUUCUUCUAAGAUUAUCAUUUAUGCCACUUUAAAGGUCGGUGCACACACGUUUCAUACGUAUCCGGAAGACGCGGCAUCCGAAGAGGAAGCCGAAAAAAUCGCAGCACGUUUGGCUCUAGUGAAUCUUACUAAGUUGUCGAGUCCCGAGAUAACGACUGUCGAUGAGAAAUUGGUGAUGAAGCGUAUUCUGAACAUUGUGACCCAACAUCAUAGCGGAGUUUUUAUGCACCUAUUACCCGAAUAUUACUGCGAGCAAUAUAAAGAGGCCCUACCUCACAACUGGGAAAGGAUUAUUGAAGAAUGCGUGGAUAUAAAUCAAGAGAAGAGCGUCGGCGAUUUAACAAUACUUUGCCGAGUCUUGCCGACUUUGAAACGAAGUAAUUCUACCCCACUUAAGAAUGCCGUCGAAAAUACCUUCUCGCUUAAUGAGAAAAUACAAUUGAACCCGAUUGGACCUGCCGCACCUGGUAAACUGAUAGUACCGAAGAUGACUACUUGGCAGGUGUAUAUCACUUGCAUCAUAAGCACCGUCGAAAUUUGGGUCCGCUUGGGUGAGAAUAAUGAUAAUUUCGUCGAAAUGACAAAGGAAAUGACAAAGCAUUACGAUAAGAAAAAACCGACUUCAAUGCUAUCAACGGAAUGUGUCAUUGGCGAUUUUUAUGCCAUUUUCGAGGAAAACUAUUGGCGCCGAGUUCAAUGUAUAGAUUUUGACUUCGAGACUGGACUCGCUACAGUUUUCUUUAUUGACGAGGGCUAUGACGAACAAUAUAAACCUGAUAUGCUACAUCCUUUAGACAAGAAAUUCUGCAGUCUUCCAGCUCAAGCGAUCAGAGUAGCUCUUGAGGGAUUAGAAGAAUUUCGCGAUUAUACCCAAUUAGUUCCAGAGAUUGAAAAUCAUCUUUUGGUUGAGAAUAUGUUUUCAGCGAAAGUGCAUGGCACGAACGCCGACGAGUAUGGCUCGUAUACAAAAGUGACUUUUUAUGAUAUUAGCAAAGAAGGCAAAUACAUAGAUGUUAAUCAAGUUUUAUCCGACAGGAUUUUAAGAGAUAUUAGCAUCGCGUCCAAGAUACAAACUGGACAACUAAUCGAGUUAUAUAUUACUCACAUAGAUGAAUCUGGAAAGAUAUAUGCACAAUUAAAUUCGUUCAUGAAAAGUCUAGUGCAUAACGAAGCCUUGUCACAAAUACUCCUAAACAACACGACAUCUUUAGAAAGGGAAACGAUUCAUUUUACUAAAGUAUACUUUGCAAAAUGGGACUCGCAGUGGUAUAGAGCGCGAGUGAAAGACAUGCCUGACAAGGAUAAAGUAACAGUGUUUUUGUUCGAUAUUGGUAAAACUGUCACGAUAUCGAAAAGAGAUCUGUUCACGAAUGAGACGAAUGCUCUGCACUACAUUCCGCCGCAGGCAAUACAGAUCUUUCUGCACCACCUCGAUCAAUCGAAGUACAACGGAAAGCUCGUGGCGAGAUUCUGCGAACUGGUAUCAGAUACUGAUCUACUUGUGGCAAGGAUCAUCAAAAUUAGCUCAUCCGGAAUCCCAAUAGUGGAGAUUUUCAAGAGAAUUGGACCGAGUAACAUGCUGGCCUCUAUAAAUACAUCAUUAAUUUACGAUAAUGAAUUAUUAAAAACCAACGAAGAUGGAAACAAUAAUAUUAAAUUAUCAAAGAAACGUAUAGAGCGUAGGAAUUCUCGCGUUCUUGAGUCUAUUGUUAAAUUAAAUCCACCCACCAUCUCAGAUGUUGGUCAAUAUUUUGAUGUUCACGUAACAUUAGCAGCGCAUCCAGGACAUUUUAUUGUGCAACCGUUGAAUGAUGCGAGGGAAUUGAAGAUGAUGAUGAAUGAGCUGCAAAGAUACUGCCACGAGUACGAUGGUCCGCCAAUAGAAAUUGUUGGCGAGGGCAAGCUCUAUGCGGGCAAAUUUCGAGAAGAUUGGUACAGAGUGUAUGUCACUAAUAUUAUUAGCGAAAACGAAGUAUCCAUAUAUUUCUGCGAUUUUGGGGACGUAACAAUAGUGUCGCGCAAUAGCUUACAGCCGUUGAAGAGUGAUUUUAUGAAGCUACCGUAUCAAGCCGUGAAAGCUAAACUUAUCGGAAUAGAGCCGACAAAUGUUGACUGGACGGUAAACGACUGUGUCAGGUUUAAGGAUUUAGUGCUUGAUAAGAAUUUUGUCUCAGUAGUCGCCGAAUCGGUAUUUGACCAUCUCUCGCCGGCCAACGGUACUGUGCUGGGCUUAAGAUUAAUCGAUGUCAGUACCGAAAAAGACAUAUACAUCGAUAAAAUAUUGGUGGAGGAAAAACGUGCCAAAUAUAUUAAUGGAUACGAGGAUUAUUUUGCAUCUAGUUAGCUUGUUUAUCGGUUAAUGAGUGCAAGAAACAAUUUAUUUUUCUUAUCGCAUUAUUGUUAUCCUUUUAUAAUGGCACAGUAACGUAUCGCUCGCAUAACCGCGAGUACUCGAAUAUAAAAGGGUAAUGCGUGAAUAUAUUUCUACUAUUUUUUUAUUACUUUUUUCUGUAACGAUACGACACGCAUGUGAACAAUGUAGAAGGAUAACUAGCGAAUAUUUAAAUUUUAUUUAACGUUAUUUGAAUUUGUCUCCGCGAAUGCGCAUUUCAUUGUUCGGAAAUUAUAUUUUUUUCUUUUUAAUAUUAGAAAAUACGGACAUACUAGAUUACAAUGUGCAUAGCAGGAUUUGAGUUAUUAAGUAGUAAGGAAGCGCUAUUUUAUUAUUAAUUUGUUUAAAAGCUUAUGUUUAUGAGUAUAUAAACAUGUGUUAUUUUUUCUUCGGCUUUUAUCAUUCUUUAUUAUUAAUUACAUUUAUGUUAUCGCACAGUUAAACAGAGAUGUAUUACUGUUACGGUUAUAACAUAAAGUUUAUUUAGAUGUCAAGUUUUAUUAUAUAAUUUUGGAAGCAUUAUUAUAUAUAUUAUUCAUGUCAAGUAUUCCUUAACAAAAAUGUUAUGUUCUUUUUAAUUUCUUUGUCGUUGUUUAACUUAGUGACCGUUUCAUGAUAUUAAACAAAACAGUAUGAUUGUCAAACGACAAGGAGAUUGGCUGUGUAUAAUAAUUAAUUAAA